AAAGAAAAUGACUCGACUAGUGGUUUUAUGUUGGAUGUUUUAUCAGCAUUGGAUGCUGAAAUAGACUAUUGUGUUUGGAAUUUCAAGGUUGUACCUGAAGACGUUAUGAAAUUGGAAUUAGAACCAUUGGGUGCCAAUGAAACCACGACACGUUCACGUAUAGUGAAAACAAAAACAAGACUUUUUUUCAAGCAAGUGAAAUUCAAUUUACUACGAGAAGAAAAUGAAGGAUACGCUAAAUUGAUAACUGAACUGUAUGAAAACCAUUCUAGAUCUGCUUCGUCAACUUUAACAAUUUUAUAUCGACUUAUAGGUCAGUUCAAUUUGGACCCAAAUCGUGUUUUGGAUAUAAUUUUAGAGUCAUUCGAGGCUUUUCCGCAAAGGAGAUCAUUUUUUAUUUCUCUGCUUAAUGAAUACAAAGCAAAUAGUGACGUAAUCUGUAGUAUUAUUGGAUUUAAAUUUACUUUUUAUCAGAAUUCAACUGGGACACCAUUUUCUUUGUUCAGAUUAGCUGCUAUUCUUUGUAUGGAAAGAAUUAUUGAUGUUCUAUCCCUCUGUUCUUAUUUAACGCCAAAAUCAGAAACGCUUAUGAGUGACUAUAAAACGCGAUUGGAAAGAGAUUUGGCGCGAUCUAAGAAAGCUGAAAUCAUUUCUACUGCGCAGAUACCAGCUGAAAUUCGACCUGCUAAUUCUGCGCUAAUUGACGAUUCGUUUUCGAAUCCAGUAACAGGAAUUUCAUUCGCUGCUGUUGCAGCUGUGCAAGAAACUGAAGAUUUAAAGUUUUUAGAGGGAGAAAAUUCAGAUGAAAUGAACUUAAAUAAGAACCAGAAACUAGGUUUGACUUUUGCGUUAUUGGAAGAAGGGGCGUGGUCUCUUGCGAAACAGCUACUUGAUCGUUUUCCUGAAUUUUUUGCAGUGAACGCAUCAAAAAAUAUUGCUCUUUCGAUAUCUGAUCUUAUAGAACGUUCCAUUGAUGAUUUUUAUCAAGAGUUAGUCUUUUUUUUGGGAUCUUUGAGAUUUAAGAUUUUUGUGAUAUUUUGCAUCUGA